AUGAAGGGUAACAUGCUGGUCUUUGCUUCACUGUGUUUGCUCCUUUGCUGGAUGCUGCCUGUAGACUCCAUGACGAUCCGUUUCCAUUUCGCUCACCGAGAUGCCAACGACGGCAUCCCAUUGAGCAUGGUUGAAGGUUCAGUUGAUGACAUGUAUCUUGGCUGCAAUGAAGCAAUGAUGGAAAAAGUCAAGAACGAUUACUUUGAAGAAAAACAGCGCAUGGGCCCAUUUAAAAAUGCCUGGAAUAAUGCAAAAAAUUGUACUGAAACUAAAUAUAAACAAAACAAGAAUAAGGCUCUCACUGAAAAUCAUAUACAAGCAAUCUGUGUUUAUACAUCUAACGAUGUGUACAUGGAAUUCAAUAAUGCAGUCCGGACAAAAGGCAGCGACUAUAGCUCCUCAUUCGAAUUCCACUCUUUACAUUACCUGCUGACAUCUGCUAUACAAAUCUUGAAUAGCAAUAACUACUGUCGCCGUACUUACAGACGAACCAUGGCUAGGUUUACUGGGCAAGUCAACCAACUAAUGCGGUUUGGCUCAUUUACAUCCAGCUCUUACAGCACUAACUUGAAAAACUUUGGUAACAAGAGCUGCUUUGAAAUUAAGACCUGCUCAGGCGCUUUGUUGGAAAGUUAUUCAGUAUUUCCAGAUGAGAAAGAGGUGCUCAUCCCUCCCUAUGAGAUGUUCAAUAUAACUGCAAUUAAAGGUCGGGGUAAACCUCAAGGUCUGAAUGAUUGUGAAGUUGUCUUUGUCUUGGAGAGUGUAGGGGUUAAGAGCAAUCUGAACUGCAAAGUUGUGCAUACAUGAGAGUGGUUCUUCUUUGAAUAAUGGGAAAACAUUAUUCUAUCUUUAGACCUUCUAACUCUUUUAUCACAACUAAACUAUCUAGAUUAUAUAUACAGCAAAGCUUAUAAUCUUCAAUACCUAACUUUAUGCUUAGGGUUUGUUUGAUCAUUGUGGGCCUUAUUGUAUGCUUUACUUCUCUUGCAACACAUUAUCUAACUAAUUUGAACAUUUUUAAGAGAUGUUUUUGAGACCAGAGUGGUUGGAACUUGUUGGAUGUGUUGCAAAAAUGUCUGCUUUUGCAAGAAUAUUACUCAAAUAAACUGCUUAAUGCAAUAAUUUUGCUUGUUUGGACUAAUUUCCAUGUGUAUUUUUUUAUUCAACUUCCUACACUAAAGUUCAAAAACAAAAACAGCUGUUUUUAAAAGGUUUCUGUUCCAGUCACAGAAAACAAUAA